AUGUCCGCCCAGGAUGAAAACGAUGCUAUCUCAGCUUUGACUGGGUUCUCAAUCAACCAUGUUCUUGGUGACCUCGCUUUACCGGUGGGGGAGCAGCUUACCAACAGACUAGGCAUAUCUGGAAUUCCAGCUUUGAACUCGAGCCAAAUAUAUAGCGACAAAUGGGACGAAGACGAUGCUGUUGGGCCAGAACAAGGCGAGGAUUGGGAGGAUGAGAUAGACAGGGAGAUGCGCGAGGAGGAGGAAGAGGACGGCACGGCUAUCAAACAAGAGGUCCACUCUCCAGGCGGACUGCGUCAGAAACAGAAGCGUAUCCGUGUUGUGAAGCGUCUCGUAGAGCGUCCCAAGAGCGUUUAUGAACGCUUUCCUGCUUUCGAGAAAGAUAAAAUUCUGGACUUCAGCGAAUUGUUCAAGGGUUAUGCCGUUCGAAAGUCACGUCUGUCUAAGCGUCCAUAUCAAGUCGAAACCGUAUAUCCGCGCAAAAGAGAGAACCCGAAAGGUUUCCUAGACGCUGUCGUGGGUGAUGCCAAACGACAGGUAGAAAACAAACGAGUAGAAGAGGUCGUCUCGUCAGGGAAUGUCGAGGCUGAUCUUCGAAAGGCUUUAGAAGAACGCGAGCAUACGAGCGUGCCCGUCAUGAUGCCAUUGGAUGACCGCACUUUCGAUCUGGUACUACUCUCUAACUGGGAAGAUCAAAUAGUUUAUGGUCCAGAAAAUAACCACAAUGCCUCGUCCCAAAGUCUUACAGCACCCAGUCAAGAGAAAGACCUAACAACCCCAAUCAAUAAAGCCUUGGAAUCUGGUUCUUGGACUCAAAGUAUUAUCUGGAGCCCUAAAGCCCCCUUCCGUGACUUUACACAAUUAGAAUUCAAUCACGAAGACGAUGUGACACCCGAAGAAAGACCAGCGGAGACGGUCCGUCCAAGGAAGAGACUAAGGGCAGACGGAGGCCAAGUUAAAGAUAAAUUUAAUCUCUCCAACGACGCCUUCUAUGAGGUGGCCAAAGAUGGUGGGAAGCAUCGUGUGCGACAAACAUUUGGCCAGCUUGUUGUGGAGCAUGCCUAUCCGGCUCAAAAAUUGCAGUUGCCAUUUUACAAAACUCGGCUAUCGAAACAAGAAGCUCGAUCAUUUCAUCGUCCAGCUUUGCAAUUUCCCUCGAACAUUGAACUGCGGUUUUCUAAAGUGCGAACUGCGAAGAAGAAGAAAGAUAAGGCCGGUCGGAAACUUGGAAAAGGUGGCAACGUCGGAGAAGGAUUGCGGAAAACGAGCGAUCUCAGUCUUCGCGACACGUCGAAUUUUGUUCUCUGGGAAUAUUCUGAAGAGCAUCCUCCAAUCAUACCUAACUUUGGCAUGGGAAGUGUUCUUGUCAACUAUUAUCGCAAGAAAGAUGAAAAAGAUGAGCAUGUUCCAAAAGGCGAUCUUGGGUUCCCAUUUGUCCUAGAGCCUCAAGACGAAUCUCCAUUUAUGAAAUUUGGAUAUGUAUAUCCUGGUCAGACAAUCCCAGCGCUCUACAACAAUCUCAUGAGAGCGCCCCUCUUCCGUCACAAGCCUUAUCCGACUGAUUUCCUUGUCGUAAGAAACACUAUCAAGGGUGAUACAAAAUAUUACCUUCGAGAAAUCAAAAAUCUUUUCGUCAUUGGUCAGACGUAUCCUGUAACUGAGGUUCCAGGGCCCCAUUCACGCAAAAUAACCAACACGAUCAAAUACCGUUUACAAAUUAUCGCUUUCAAGCUACUGAAGAAAAGUCAAGGGGAACGUCUGAAAAUAUCGAGAUUAAUGAAAUAUUUUCCGGACCAGAACGAGUUACAAAUGCGGCAACGUCUCAAGGAAUUCAUGGAAUAUCAUCGACGUGGCCCUCACCAAGGAUUUUGGCGUCUGAAACCUAACUGGACGGUUCCCACGGACGCAGAAAUGCUGAAGAUGGUAGGCCCCGAGCAAGUUGUUCUCACAGAAAGUAUGCAGGUUGGACAACGACAUCUGCAAGAUGCAGGAUACAGCCAUGCUGCUGAUGUUGCUGAAGGGGAUGAAUCCAAUCUCUCUAUCGAACAACAGUUGGCCCCCUGGAUCACAACAAAAAAUUUCUUAUUUGCCACACAAGCCAAGGCCAUGCUCCGACUCCACGGUGAAGGAGAUCCAUCUGGUCGUGGUGAAGCGUUUAGUUUCAUCAGGAUCUCAAUGAAGGAUAUUUUCGUUAAAGCGGGCGAAGAUUACGAGCAGAAAAUGGCGGAAGCCGAAAAUAGGCCCAAAUCUGCCCACCGGUACAAUGUUGCCGAACAGCAACUCAUCUACAAGUCGGAAAUCGAGCGCAUAUGGAAAGCGCAGUUCGAUUCUCUCAGUCGUAAAGAUGAGCCACAGUUGUCAGAUGAGGAAGACAAGAAGGAUGCAAAGAAACCGCCGACACAAUCUUCGCAUGUCGCGGGUCCUUCGGGGCCGUCUAACCGUGCCUCCCCCGCGCCCAGUCGAGGUUCCUCUUUAGAACGCGAGAGAGAAGGUAGUAUAGGACCUGACGGAAGUAAAAGCGUUCUAAGGAUAAAGAGACUUAUUGACGGUGUAUGGCAGACGGAAAUUAUUAGAGACCCAGCUGUUAUCAGGGCGUAUGUGCGGGGAAGACAAGCACUGGAAGAAGAGGCGACACUUGCCGAUUCGCUGGCACCCACUGGAGAUGCCGACAAAGAUAAACGAGCUAAGAAGAGGCUUGAGGAAGAAAUCGCCCGCAUGAAGAAGAAUCAAGAACGGCGGUUGCAUCGUAAGAAUGCAAAGAUAGUCAAAGAGGGAGGGACUCCCAUGCAGCUCAACCGACCUGUCAAACCGGACACGACGCGACGAUGUGGGCAUUGUGGUCAGAUGGGGCAUAUGAAAACGAAUAGGAAAUGUCCUCGUUGGGCUGAAUUUAAUAGCGGCGCAGUACCGUCGACACCGUCCGGUUCUGCUCCCAGCCCACAACCCACCAAUCUGCCAAACUUGGGGUUCAACCGAGGCCCACUUCCACCCGUGUUUGGCCACCCUGCAGCCGUCCCUUCGCCACUGGCGACCAGUCCUCCCAUGUCAGCGUUGGACGAUGAUAUCAUUCCUGCGACCCCGUCCGCUUCGGGUCCCAAAAUAAAGUUGACAUUGAAACGGACAUGA